ACUUCCGCGACUCGUCACAUGUGGCGACCUGGAAGCAAGCGUACGGUGGUGUCUGUCCAGACGGCUUGAUUGUGUGUGAAUGUAAAAGCCUGCACCACAGUGUCUGUUUUAAUCCAUCAUGGCUUCUCCGUCUUCUCCACCUUGUUCUUCUUCUUCUUCAACAACAAUGCCGCAGAAGCGUUACUACAGACAGCGAGCCCAUUCAAACCCGAUGGCGCACCACACGUUUGAUUAUCCAGUGUGUCCCGAGGAAAUGGACUGGUCCAAGCUUUAUCCAGACCUCAUACCGGACCCCUCAUCAGGGAAGGAGACUCCUCAAGUUGAGUUUGCAGAUAUUGGGUGUGGCUACGGAGGCCUUUUAGUGGAGCUAUCUCCACUUUUCCCAGACAAGCUCAUCUUGGGCUUGGAGAUCCGAGUGAAAGUGUCAGAUUACGUUCAGGACCGCAUUCGCUCGCUGCGUGACUUAAACCCGGGAAGCUACCAGAACAUCGCGUGCCUUCGCAGCAACGCAAUGAAGUACCUCCCCAACUUCUUUUUCAAAGGACAGCUCAGUAAGAUGUUCUUCCUGUUCCCUGACCCUCAUUUCAAGAAGACCAAACACAAAUGGAGGAUCGUUAGUCCCACUUUGUUAGCAGAAUAUGCCUACACGCUGAGAAUCGGGGGUUUGGUGUAUACCAUAACGGAUGUGGAGGAGGUCCAUCUUUGGAUGGUGAAGCACUUCUCCGAACAUCCGCUGUUUGUACGUGUCCCAGAAGAGGAGCUGGCUGACGAUGUCAUCAUUAGCCGUCUGGGUUCCUGCACCGAGGAAGGAAAGAAGGUGCAGAGGAACGGAGGGAAAACGUACCUCGCAGUUUUCCGGCGGAUCAAGGACUUGCAUUGAAAUAAGACACUUUGGACCUUAAAAUACUUUGAUGCAUUUAUUAUUAUUUUUUUUUACAUGGACAGUAAUGCUCCUCGGUCUGUGUGGAGACUUCUAUUGAUUAAAAACCAGGUGAAAACGAUGGUUCUACAAACCUUUUAUCUCUAUUUCCCAACCCCACCUCACACGACAGCUAAUUUUGAGUUGCUUUUUUUACAUUUGGUUGAGUAAAAUAUUCCUGCUACUAC